UCUGUAUCGCGGCGGUGGGUCGGAGCCGCUGUCUGUGGUGCCCCACGUUCCCCUCGAAAUUUUCUGUUUUAAUUUAGAUGCCCUGUCCCCAAUUCGGCCUUUAGCGAUACCAAGUAAAGCACAUCAUAGGACAUCUUGAUACUGACGUUAGAAUAAUUAUUUCUUGGAAAUUAUAGCAUUUAUCCAGAAAAUGGCGGUGGUAAGCGGGUUGGCUGGGCCGGCUGUUGCCCGGCUCGAGGGCCGUGAAUUCGAAUACAUGAUGAAAAAGCGCUCGGUAACCAUAGGGAGGAACUCGUCGCAAGGCUCUGUGGAUGUGAGUAUGGGCCAUUCCAGCUUUAUAUCCCGAAGACAUCUUGAAAUCUUUACAGCCGGCGAGGAUGGAACAGGCAGCGGUGACUUCUACCUGCGUUGCCUUGGCAAAAAUGGGGUGUUCGUGGAUGGGGUGUUCCUGAGGCGAGGUGCAGCUCCUCUUCAGCUUCCUAGAAUGUGCACCUUCCGUUUCCCCAGCACCAACAUUAAGAUCACCUUCACAGCGCUGUCCAGCGCGAAGAGGGAAAAGCGCGAAGCCCCCGAGUCGCCCAUCAAGUCUGUGCAGCCGCAGAUCUCGCCCCUCACCAUCAACAUCCCAGACAACAUCGCCCACCUCAUGAGCCCUCUGCCAUCCCCAACGGGGACCAUCAGCGCGGCCAACUCGUGUCCGUCCAGUCCGAGGGGCGCCGGCUCCUCCGGCUACAAAAUGGGCCGCAUCACCGCCUCCGACCUGCAGCUUAUCGACAACUCGCAGUCGGAGAACGACAAGGAGGCCUCAGGUGGAGACAGUCCCAAGGAUGACUCUAAACCACCCUACUCGUAUGCACAGUUGAUAGUCCAGGCAAUAACGAUGGCCCAGGACAAGCAGCUGACACUAAACGGCAUCUACACGCACAUCACCAAAAACUACCCCUACUACCGGACUGCAGACAAGGGCUGGCAGAAUUCCAUCCGGCACAACCUGUCGCUGAACCGCUACUUCAUCAAAGUGCCACGUUCCCAGGAGGAGCCGGGCAAGGGCUCCUUCUGGAGGAUCGACCCGUCGUGCGAGGGCAAGCUCAUCGAGCAGGCCUUUAGGAAACGACGCCCACGGGGCGUCCCUUGCUUCCGCACCCCACUUGGACCACUCUCCUCCAGGAGUGCCCCAGCCUCUCCAAACCACUCGGGCGUUCUCUCGGCCCACUCCAGCGGGGUGCAGACCCCAGACAGCCUGUCCCGCGAGGGCUCCCCUGUCCCCGGGGAGUCUGAGCCCACCCCUGCCCCGGCUCCGGCCCCACCUCCAGCCACAGCAGUGCAGCCCAAACUCGCCGUCAUACAGGAAGCACACUUUGCCCAGAGCACGGCAGGCUCACCUCUGGGCAGCCAGCCGGUGCUCAUCACUGUGCAGCGGCAGCUCCCGCAGUCGGUGAAGCCGGUGACGUACGCGGUGGCGACGCCGGUCACCUCGGCCACGUCCCAGCAGCCCCAGCUCAUGCAGACAGUGCACGUGGUUCACCAGCUGCCCGCCAACGUGGCCGUCAGCAGUGUGGCCACACUGGCCGCCGCCGCCAACACCUACACGGUCACCACGCAGAGCGCCAACGCCAACGUCGUCGCCGCAACCAUCAAGAACGAGCCGCAUGAGAACGGGGACCAUGCCGAGGCCAAAGUGAAAGUGGAGGCCAUGCCCACCAUUACCCAUACUGCCCUGGGCUCAGCCAGCCGCAUCAUCCAGGGCAGCGCGUCGGGCCAGCCCCUGCAGACGGUCACCAUAGUGCAGCAGGCGCAACUGGGCCACCACCAGCUGCCAAUCAAACCCAUCACACAGAACGGCACCCACAUGCUGCCCAUCGCCACUGCCAUCCAGGCCACCGCCAGCCCAGGAGCCACUGCGGUAGCCAGUCCCCUGCACAUGCUAGCCACCCACGCGUCCGCCUCGGCCUCCCUCCCCACCAAGCGGCAGAACGGCGAGCGUGAGUCUCCGUCUGGCGCCGGGCAGCCCGAGUCCAAGCGCCUGAAGACGGACCCUGAGGCCGACGUGGGACCCAACUCCAGCCCAGCAGCGGCACAGCCGUCGGCCGACACAGAUGGAGCAGCAGCCUCCGCCUCCGCCGCCAGCGAGUAGUCUCUUCUCAAACCCCACGCCCACACACCCACUCACUCUCUCCUCCCUCAUUUUUCUCUCUUUCUCUCUUUCAUUCACUUGACCUGUCCUGUCUUCUCCAACACUUAUCUUCCAUCAACCCCCAAGGUGCCAAAUGGAGAAGUUUUUUUUUUUUUUUUUUUUUACAUUGGACUAUAUUACAGGACCCCAGGACCCUUAACAGUGAUCAUUUUCCAUAAGAAGAAAACAGGGAAGAUGAGGACCACCUUAAGAACAAAACAGAACCGCCCAAAGCCCCCCACCCCUCUUCUGCUGUGAGCCAAGCCAGGCCAUCACGGCCCCUGAGCAGAACAGCCCUAACGGGACGCCUUAAUCACCUGGACGUGAACACUGGGCAGUGAGCGAGGGCGAUCUCCACAACCCCACCCAAUACCCCAUUCCAAUCCAACCCCAAACAACCCUCACCACCACUACCUUGCUGCCCUGAACCCUUAAGGAGCCUCCAUCGGCUACCUUCCCCCAACCAACCAACCCUUCACCAGGCCAAAGGAGAGGGGGCCAACCGGUAGCAUUUUCUAAUAGCAGCAGCCUCACUGAGAGGGGUCAGAACCCACAACCAGGACCUCGAUUCCGAACCAGAACUCGUGCAUUUAGCUCAAAGGGAUCAAAAGCACCAUUUCCUCCGUGUGUCGUGGCAGCUAGCCUCCUCAUGAACUCCAGACGGAUCCACUCCUUGCCCCCGGUCGCAGCUUUUUAAAGUAGGACUGCAGUAUUUUGUUGUUCAGACAUGGAUCUUUUUUGUUGUUUCGGUUGUACUUUCAUUUCUAUAGAGUAAAUGAGUAACAACAAGAAACUAUUCUAUUGGCAAGAACACAUGAAGAUGGUGGUGGUGCAUUGACAUUUGAAAAAAAGAACUUGGGGGGGAAAAAAGAAAAAAAAACACAACUCGCAGCAUUUCUAUGUGGACUUAAGGUUUUAAUUCCAGUCUUUUUUCGGUUCAGUGAAACUGAGUGUAGUUUCUUUUCUAUGCUAAAAAAUAACCAUAAUAAGGAGGUUUUUUGUUGUUUAGUUGUUUUUGUUGUCACCGUUGCUGCCGAAUCGGGUUAGGUCUUGUGUUGUUACACCUCCCUACAUGUUUUCAUACUUGCACAGAUAACUGAGAUAAACCAUUAUGUGAUUGCCAUGUGUAGUUAUUCGGACGCUUCGUCAAGCUUGCAUGUACCAGACUAGAGAAGAACCUGAGCCGGUAACUAUACAUUUAACUGAACUGAAGAAGAUAAAAAAAAAAACUGCUUCGAAUCAGACCGAUCUGCACUUGAUUUAAUGUUCUUGUUUUUUAAUGACUUUUAUUUAGUUGUUUUUGUUUACUUCCCCUGCGGUUGUUUUCCUUGGCUGUUGUGGGCUCCAUGGUGUUAGCAGACCCUUGCUUGAAGACUCUCCCGACCUCCUUGAAGACUCUUCCGACCCCCCCCACACACACAUACUUUUCUGUUCCCCCUGCUCUGGCGCGUCUGUCCUCAAGAUUGUAUGUGUUCACCGCGAAAGGCAAAAAAAUAAGCGAUCGAUGUUUGUUCUGCUUCAGUGGGUAAAAAUGCUUUUUUUAUAAAUUAAUUUAAAAACCUUAUCAACCUCAGAACUGACUGUUUCCUUGCAUUUAUUCACACAAGCUUAAGAUGACCUCUACGUUUGUAGUGGGUGUGGUGAUGUUUUCAAAUCAUUUCAGAAGUAUUUUAAUUGGGCCAAGGCAAAUUGCAUUAAAGAUAAAAGUGUUCGCUUUGUGAUAGUAAACCCUGGGUUACAACACCACGGUUACAAAAUACAAACAACCAUCUGAGCCCAAAGGACCUUUUUUCUGGUCAUCAAAGUCAGUAAUCCAAAGCAAAUACAAAAACAGAAAUAUUUUAUUAAUCUCAAGUCAGUGGAGACUCACAAAUAUUAAACAGAGACUGUAUUUGAAUUUCAAUAAAUACAACUAUCCUAUGUCCCAUGAA